UCUUUGACACUUCCUGUUGGAAACUGGACGUGAUGUGGAAUUAGAGCCUACCCAGCUGAAGCCACCCAACACUUACUACAAAUAUAGCCGUGAUGCGUAGGCCACAAAAUGGCUCCACUCACUUUUCCCAAUGAAAAGCAAAUGGAUUUAGCAGUUUUAUCCCGAUGCGGGUGUCCUUCCUCUCUGUAAAGUCGUAAGUACCUCGAGGUGGGAGGAGUAAAUUCAGCCUGACACUGAGAGCGCUUUUGUUGAAACAGGAGAGACUUGCGGUGUCCCUACUUAAAUAUGACACAUGACGAUGGACAGGCCGCCCGCCCCGCCGCCCCCCAGUGACCCCCGCGAUGCCCGGCCCCCCCGGCGGCACGAGUCGGAAGCGGAAAGCACGAGCGAGCCGGAGAGCAGCCGCGGGGGGAUGGAGGCGCCGGGAGACCCCCAGCUGCUGCUCAACGGGGCGGCCAAGGAGGCGGGCCGGCCCUCCCCCGGGCCCCCCGCCGCCGCCGUGCCCGUCAUCGAGCUGGUGCGCCGGGGGGGCUCCCUGGACAUAAAAGGCCGCGAGGCGCCGGCGGAGGCGAUGCAGAGAGCGCCGGGCGCCGAGCCGUGCCGCGCCGCCGAGGCCGCCUGCGAGGCCCGCAUGGUGCAGCUGAGCCCCCCCGCGCUGCCGCUGCAGCCCCCCGGCCGGGCCAUGCUCUACAACCUGGGCCAGCCGCUGGCCACCAUCAACAGCGGCUUCUUCGGGGAGCCGGACUCCUUCUCCAUGUACGGCGGCAACCGCGUCAAGAGGAGACCCUCGCCCUACGAGAUGGAGAUCACCGACGGUCCUCACACAAAAGUGGUUCGGCGCAUUUUUACCAAUAGCCGGGAGAGGUGGAGACAGCAGAAUGUCAACGGAGCCUUUGCAGAGCUUCGCAAGCUCAUCCCAACUCACCCACCCGACAAGAAACUGAGCAAGAACGAGAUUUUACGCCUGGCUAUGAAAUAUAUCAACUUCCUGGCCAAGCUGCUCAACGACCAGGAGGAAGAGGGAAACCAAAGGGGCAAGGUGAACAAAGACUCUGGGAUAGUCCAGGAAGACCUCCUGCAGGACAUGUUGUCUCCUAACUCUAGCUGUGGAAGUUCUUUAGAUGGAGCAGCAAGCCCAGACAGCUUCACGGAAGAACAUGAAACACUAGAUUCAAAGCACACACGGAGUCUGCAUCACUCCAUUCUUCCUGUAGAAGGCAAUGCGCAGCGAUGAUGACCUUCCAAACUGCUCCUAAAGCACAAAGUGGGGAGGAAGACCUACGUAUGUGGAUACUGGAAUUUGUACACUUGGAAUUUCUGACUCUGCAUUUACAGAAGGCCCCGGGGACUCGGGCUUGGAGUUCUCGCAGCCCCAGGACUGAGAGGACAGCGAGUUGGCUGAGAACAAGACCAAAACAGAUUGAUGUUCGACAUUUAGGUACGUGAUCGUACAAAGAAGAAAAGCAUUGAAGUCAUCUUCAUUGUACAUAUUGCUCAUAAUAUGACUCUGAGGAGGGGAAUGAAACCUGGCUGACACCUCUCCAGCAUUUAGAGGGUUUUCAGACCAUUUGACAAUUGUCACUUUUUAAACAGAAUAGUCACCCAGCUGAGACAUGAAACAUGAAACUCCUCUUUCACUGCCAACUGAGGCCACCGAUGCUUUCCAGCAGCACGUGGCACUGGAGACUGCUGAAAUGUGACAGUGCUACAGCAUUUCUCCAGCCUGUGGCAAAGAAGUAUAUGCAACUUGUCUGAGCAGAAGCUGUGGCAACAUGUUCAUGUUGUCCGAGAGCUUUUGACUGUACCUUUUUAAAGAGGUGGAAAAUGCCCUCAGCAAAAGAACUAUUAAAAGGAUUAAGACUUUUCUUUUUCUCUUCUUUUUUUCUUUUCCUUCACUUUUUCUUAAACCUAACUUUGGAUUGUUUGGGGUGUUGUAUUUAUGACGUGGGAUUACUUCUGUUUAAUACCGUCAUGCAGUAUCCACUGAACGAAAAGGUACAUAGGUGUUUUCUGCUCUCCACCGCCCUCUGAGUCCCUGAUCAUUGCGCUGAUAACACGCGGCGGGUGAGGUCCGAGGCCUGUAGCGGUCACCUAGAGUUUUCCCCGUGGCUUCUGUAGGGCCAGAGCUUCUUUCAAGGAAGAUGAAUUUCACAAUUGAUAAGGAAAAGAAUUGCUAGUGAAGCUUCCCUUGAACCUGGGGACUAUUUUUUUUUAAUUAAAAAAGCAACAAAAGACAAAAUCAAUGGUGUAACAAUGAUGUGUGUGUACAUAGGGUUAUAAAAGGGUUUUAAUGGUA